CUCCAAAUAACAGCAGCGGCGCGGAUCAGCAGCAGCAGCCAGCGGCCCUCGGAGCCCCAAAAAAAGGUUACAAGGUCAGGUCCUGCGAUGGGAUGUAGUCCCUCUUGGAUGAGUGAAGGAAAAAGAGAAAACCAGCGCAAGUGUCUUUUGAAAAAUACAUAUUAGCCUACGUCUUGUGCAGAGCAAGCAAACCGCCUUUUCCUGAACCGAAAUGUCGGAUGUCACCUCAGCUACUUCAACCCCUCCUCAGAUUGUCAACCCCCCGCCUCCUGAGGUAACAAACCCCACUAAACCUGGCCGCAAGACUAAUCAGCUACAGUACAUGCAAAAUGUAGUGGUCAAGACGCUGUGGAGACAUCAGUUCGCAUGGCCCUUCUACCAGCCUGUUGAUGCUAUCAAGCUGGGACUGCCGGAUUAUCACAAGAUAAUAAAAAAUCCAAUGGAUAUGGGUACCAUCAAGAAAAGACUGGAGAAUGUGUACUACUGGAGUGCCAGCGAGUGCAUGCAAGACUUCAAUACAAUGUUUACCAACUGUUACAUCUACAAUAAGCCAACAGAUGACAUUGUUUUAAUGGCUCAAGCCUUGGAGAAGAUUUUCCUGCAGAAAGUGGCCUUGAUGCCCCAGGAGGAGGUGGAGUUACUCCCUCCAGCACCUAAGGGCAAGGGCCGCAAACCAGCACCAGGUCAGCAGGAAGGAGCUGUAAUGUCUGGCUCUCCACCCUCGGCUUUCCCAGGUGCUACCUCUCCAGCCCCCCCAGCGCCAGUUAUCUCCCCUCCUGCAGUGCCCACCAUCACGCCGAGUACACCCACUAUACAGAAUACAACAGCUGCCUCCAUCAUGCCUGCCAUGCCCCCCUCGCAGCCCGUCAUCAAAAAGAAAGGGGUAAAGAGGAAAGCUGACACCACCACCCCAACUACGUCUGCUAUCACAGCCAGCAGGAGUGAAUCGCCCACCCCUCUCUGCGAAGGCAAGCAGGGCAAGGUGGCCUCUCGGCGGGAAAGCACUGGUCGGCCAAUCAAACCUCCCAAGAAGGACCUGGAGGAUGGGGAGGCGGGCCAGCAUGGAGGAAAACGUGGCCGGCUGACUGAACACCUCAAGCAUUGUGAUACCAUCCUCAAAGAAAUGCUCUCCAAAAAGCAUGCUGCAUACGCCUGGCCAUUCUACAAGCCUGUUGAUGCAGAGGCACUUGAACUGCACGAUUACCACGACAUUAUCAAACAUCCUAUGGACUUAAGUACAGUCAAAAAAAAGAUGGACAGUCGGGAGUACCAGGAUGCACAGAGCUUUGCUGCAGAUGUGCGAUUAAUGUUCUCAAAUUGUUACAAGUACAACCCACCUGAUCAUGAGGUCGUAGCCAUGGCUCGAAGACUACAGGAUGUAUUUGAGAUGCGCUUUGCCAAGAUGCCAGAUGAGCCAGUGGAGGUAAAUGUGCCUGGUGGUGCUGGUGGGGCUGGUGUGGUCAGUAAGAGCACGGCAAGCAGCGAGAGCAGCGGCGACUCCUCCACCUCUGAUAGCUCCGACUCCGAGGAGGAGAGAGCUACGCGGCUUGCUGAGCUGCAGGAACAGGUGGGUGCGGAACAGCUGAAAGCCGUCCAUGAGCAGCUAGCUGCUCUUUCACAGGCUCCUGUCAGUAAACCAAAGAAGAAGAAAGAGAGAAAGGACAAAGACAAGAAAAAGAAAGAUAACAAGCACAACAAAGCCAAACCUGAGGACGACAAAAAGCCUAAGGCAGUUCAACCUACGAAACAGGCUCAGCCGAAGAAGGGCCCAGCCAGGAAAGCUAACAGCACCGUUACUGGCAACAGCAGGCAACCAAAGAAGGGAGCCAGAGGAGGGCCAGGCUACGAAUCGGAUGAUGAAGACUCGGCGCUGCCCAUGACAUAUGACGAGAAGCGGCAGCUGAGCCUGGACAUCAACCGGUUGCCAGGGGAGAAGCUUGGCAGGGUGGUGCACAUCAUCCAGUCCAGGGAGCCUUCGCUGCGGGACUCCAACCCUGACGAGAUUGAGAUCGACUUUGAGACGCUCAAACCCUCCACCCUACGCGAGUUGGAGCGCUACGUCAAGUCUUGUUUACAGAAGAAACAGAGAAAACCUCUACAGAAAGGCGGCUCUGGGCCAGGCUCAGGCCCGUCCCGGCUCAGCGUCAGCAGCAGCUCUUCAGACUCGGGCAGCAGCAGCUCCAGCGGCUCCACUUCAGACAGCAGUGACUCUGACUGA